UGUAUUCCGCUUGGGGUACACCGUCGUUCUUUUGAACCAAAUUGACGUCACGCAAGUGGUACCUACGCCAUUUUACACAAAGUAUGGAGGACAAGGCGUCAUUAAAAGAACUGGAUCAAUGGAUAGAACAGCUAAAUGAAUGCAAGCAAUUGACAGAAAACCAAGUGAAAACGUUAUGCGAUAAGGCAAAGGAGAUUCUAACUAAAGAGUCCAAUGUGCAAGAAGUGAAAUGUCCGGUCACCGUUUGCGGCGACGUCCACGGUCAGUUCCACGACUUGAUGGAGCUGUUCCGCAUCGGAGGCCGCUCGCCCGACACCAACUACCUGUUCAUGGGCGACUAUGUGGACCGCGGUUACUACAGCGUGGAGACGGUCACAUUGCUUGUUGCCCUUAAGGUUAGAUAUCGUGAGAGAAUAACAAUCCUCCGCGGUAACCACGAAUCACGUCAAAUCACCCAAGUGUACGGUUUCUAUGACGAAUGCCUCCGUAAAUACGGCAACGCGUCCGUGUGGAAGCACUUCACGGACCUGUUCGACUUCCUGCCCCUCACCGCGCUCGUCGACGGGCAGAUAUUCUGCCUGCAUGGCGGCCUCAGCCCGUCCAUAGACACGUUGGAUCACAUCCGCGCCCUGGACCGCGUGCAGGAGGUGCCGCACGAGGGGCCCAUGUGCGACCUGCUCUGGAGCGAUCCCGAUGACAGAGGCGGAUGGGGUAUAUCGCCACGUGGUGCCGGCUACACGUUCGGUCAGGACAUAUCGGAGACGUUCAACCACAGCAAUGGGCUGACGCUCGUGUCACGUGCACACCAGCUGGUCAUGGAGGGCUAUAACUGGUGCCACGACCGCAAUGUCGUCACCAUAUUCUCAGCGCCCAACUACUGCUACAGAUGUGGUAACCAAGCCGCCAUAAUGGAAUUGGAUGAUGCGCUUAAGUACUCAUUCCUGCAGUUCGACCCGGCUCCACGGCGCGGAGAACCGCACGUGACAAGACGGACGCCGGAUUACUUCAUGUAGGCUGCACCGCUGGCGCCCCCGGAGCUGGAGCGCCGCGCGCGCCGCCGGCCGGCCGCGCCGCCCGCCCGCCGCCCGCCGCCCGCGCGCCGCCCGUCGCGCGCCGUCCGCGCCGCGCGCCGCAGCCUGCUGCGCGUCGCGCACUGGCUCGCCGCCAUCUGACCCGCGCCGCCCGCGCCCCGCGCCUCGCACCCCGCGUCCCGCGCCCCGCGAGCGCAUGCGUGUGUUCUUUUCCAACGUGACUAUGCAAUUGUGCGUGUGGGCGUAAUCGAGCUCGACACGCGAACGAUGCACAUUGAUUUCGAAUCGUUGAUAUUGCUGACGUUGCGCAAACGCAUUACAUUGCAGGCAUGAUUUUGGAAACUGACGCAUCAUUUUAUCGCUCGUGCUGUGGAUUUUGUGUUCUUGACGUAAUCUAUUCGUUCCACGUUCGCUCCCGAAUGAUGAUUUUAUUACUCCGUUCGUAAAUUAGUUUCAAUAAUGAAAUGGCCGACGUUUUGAUUAUGUCGAAACCUCCAGCACGAUCGAUUGUGUGAAAUGUUUCUGGUAUAAGUUAUUAAAUGUUUCUCGAUAAUUUAACCCAAUGUCAUAUGAAGUUUUGAUGUUGUAUAGAAUUUUGUUAAGAGCACAAUAAAAAAACAAAUAGAUAUUUAUGUAUUUGGUUUGUAAAUCCAAAUUUAUUGAGUAAAUAUCUCGUUAUGAGAAUCUUAUCUGUUCAUUACGAUGUACUUUAGAGUGUCGGUGUAUGUAAAAAUAAACAUGUAAGCGUUUACAGUGCGCUUAAUAUUCUCCUUUUGUAUAGUAGUCUAGUUUACUAUAUAAAUCAUUUUAAGGACCCUAUUCUAAUGUCGAGCGGUUAAAUCGGGCGGGAACGUGGGCUGUGGCGUGCAUUAUAUAUACAAAAAUUACUAUGUGAUGUUUUUACAAGUGACGGCGGGCGCCGGGCGCGAAUAAAUUAUAAGUCACCGCAAUUUUAGGUUCUUGCCCCUUCGACAUCGCACAAGCUCUCAGCUAACCGAUUUCGAACCUUAUUGCGAGGGAAAUAACGUUCGACGUCGGCGAGGUGCGAGCUUGUCCGAUGGAUUCGCCCGCGCUAUUUAUGCUGGUAUGUUCAUUAUGCGCGGCCGGACGGCGCGACCGGUUCACUGUUGUAUGUAACUUACGAUGUAUCAAAGACACUUAGACCUCAUUAAACAGCGUACAUUUGCUAUACGGUAGUUUUAUUUCAACCGAAAGUCACCAUCGAUUGGCGGGAACGGUGAAUGGACAUACCACCAUAAUGGAACUUUGGUGAUCGAACAAAUCGAGUGUAGCCGUCUUGGGGUGAUCCUCGUGUAACUUUUUUUUAAUCUAUUACAUAAAACAAUGCCUAGUGAACGAUUUCUUUUUAUUUUCGUAGAUCAAAAUCUAUAAAGUACCAUUUUAUUGUUUUAAAACUUAAUUUUUAGUUAUUUUUCCGAUUUUACCUACUUGGACUUGCUUUCCAUUAGCAAAACAUUGCACAACGUACACACUGACGGGCGUACUCGUUGUUAUGUAUCUUGUGUGAAACAAUAGUAAGCAUUUAGUUUUAUGGCGGAACGGUAGAAAAUAUUUACAUAAAUUUAAUAUAUACGCAUGACUUAGUCAAAUAAAAAAAGUAUUAGAAUGUUAUAAGACGCGUUUAGAAUGCCCUGUGCGUCCGUUCUGUCAUAAAAUACUUGGAGCCGCGCAUUUCGGGGUUGAUUUAUCGAAAUUCUCCUGUUCUUGUGCCACAGUACCUGUAUAACAUGGAAUAAAGUGUCUCACAAGCGUGGAGCUUUAAUAGUUUCUUUUUAUUAAUUUUUCACUUUAAUCGUUUUAGGUAGACAUAUAAAUACCUACAGAUCAAGGCAUUACAUAAAUUGUUAUUAUUUAAUAAGCAUAAAUUUGUUUCACUUCUAUGUAUUCAAUAACACAUAAAAGAAAAUACUUUGUAGAUAAUGAAAUUUACAACUUUUGUAUAAAUAUCUGUAACACCAUUCGAGACAUCUAAAAAUUUUAGUAAUAUUUAAAAGAAACACAUUUUUUUUAUUAGUGGCUGAAAUGACCACGUGACUUGCUGAAAUUUAAUACGUAGUUAAAUUUAGGCGCAUUUUUAAUUCAAAUAAUUAAAAUAGGUACAGACAAAUAUAAUUCCAUGUAUGUUUAAGAUUUGGGCGAUGUUCAAAGCCCCAAGCCUGCAAAGCAUGAGAUGAUUACAUUUCCAAAUCAGCACUACGAUUUUACUAAACGCGUGUGUACUGUUAAUACAAAGAAUUACCCACCAAUGACAUCGGAAGCCACACGUUUCGUUAAGUAUUAAGUAUGUAAGUUAGGUUAACAAAUAAAUCCUAAAAACCACAAAAAAA